AUGCUGCCCCCGCCCACAGAGCAGGCCCUGAAUGCCCUGCUGGCUCGCAAGGAGGAGGAGUGGCGAGCACUGCAGGCCCAGCACUCCCAGAUGCAGGAGGCAGCCCUGCAGGACGCUCAGCGCCAGCUGGAGGAGGCGCAGGGGAAGCUGCGACGCCUGCGGGAGGACUUUGUCUACAACCUGCAGGUGCUGGAGGAGCGGGACCGGGAGCUGGAGCGCUACGACGCUGCGUUUGCCCAGGCCCGUGGGCUGGAGGAGGCCAGGCAGGCCGAGGUGAGCGAGCUCAAGAUCGAGGUGGCCAAGCUGAGGCAGGCGCUGGCCAGCGAGGCCCGGCGGGUGGAGGAUCUGCAGCAGCAGUCCCAGCAGAGGCUGCAGGAACACCGCCUAGAGCUGGAGCGGGUCCACAGUGACAGGAACAGUGAGCUGGACCAGCAGCGGGAGCAGUAUGGGAACCUGAAGUGGAAGCUGGAAAGGAAGCUGGAGGAGCUGGACAGCGAACUUGCCCUGCAGCGGCAGGAGCUGCUCCAGGAGUUUGAAUCUGAAAUGCAAAAGCGGGAGCACGCGUUCCGCCUGCAGGCUGACAGCAUGAGCAAUGUGGUCCUAGCACACGAGCUCAAGAUUAAACUGCUGAACAAAGAGCUCGUGGCCCUGAGAGAGGCCGGGGUGAAGGCUGCGGAGUCCCUGCAGAGCGCCGAGGCGGUGAAUGCAGAGCUGGAGGAUAGGCUGCAGCACAGAGACUGGGAACUCAGGGACCUGGCUGCCGUGAAGGACGCCCGGAUAAAAGACUUAGAGGGUAAACUUCACUCUGUGCAGCUCACCAAGAAAAAAGAAGAGGAGAUGUUUAGGAGGAAGCAUGAGGAGCUGGACCGUCUGGCCAGAGAGAGGGACACGGUGCUGAUGGCAGCGAAGAGCGCCCAUGUGGAGCAGCUGCAGGCGGUAGAGGCCAGGGCCCUGGAGCUGCAGGUGCACUGCGAGAACCUCGAGGUGCGGCUCCGCAGGGCUGAGUGGAGGCAGGCGGACACCACCAAGGAGAAGGACGCCGCCAUUGACAAACUUCGGGAAGAUGCAUCAGCUCUAAAAUCCGGCUGGGAUGCCCAGAUUGCUCAACUUUCCAGGGAGAUGAUCUCCAAAGACCUUCGGGUUCAGUCGCUGCAGGAAGAAGAGGUGAAGCUGAAGGCACAGCUGGCCAGAUGCCAGCAGGACAUUGGAAGGUACAAACAGCAGCUGUCUCUGGCAGUAGAGAGGGAGCAGAGCCUGGAGCGUGACAAGGUGCAGUUGGAGCUGGACUGGCAGCGCCGCUGCGAGGGUGUCGAGCGGGAGCAGUACCGGCGGGCUGAGGACUUGAUUCAGGGCCUAACCGCGGCCAGAGACCAGGUUGCUGCCAAGCUGCAGGAGACAGAGCGGGUGCUGUGUGGCCAGGAGGUGGUGCUGAAGGCCGUGACCCGAGAGAGAGACCAGGCUGUGCAGGCGCUGCGGACACGCGGGCUCCACCCUGAGGAGGAGGCGCAGUUGCUUGUGAGGUGUCAAGAAGAAGAAAUAAGUAAAAGUUUUCCAUCUACUGUGAUCCAGCAGCUACAAGAGCAGAACACAAGCUUGCGAAAUAUUAUUGCACAGAUGAGGAAAGAAAUGGAAACUCUAAGUGAUCAGAUUCUUCCUUCUGCCCAGUUAGGAGGGGAGACCUCACAAACAAACCAGCCUGACCCAAAGGCAGCCACUGAUUCAGCUGUACCUGAUUAUGUUCUGGCCCUUGAAGCAGAAAUCCGAACUCUAAAGCAUAAAUUUAAAACAUUGGAGGAACAACUGGAAGAUGUGUUAGAUCCUUCGAAGACGACCUCGUCCUGUGCUGGCGUUCAACCCAGUGUCCUGGCCUCCACAGACACCACCGGAGGAGCUGUGCCGGUCGAUGGUCCAUCCACGGGACUGGCGCUCCAGAGGCUUGGAGACAGGGCACAUCUCCUGAGCUUCCUGGUGGCACAACUCAGACAGAAGGUGCUGCGGGAACCCCUGGACAUGGACACCAUCCAGCGAGAGCUUCCCCACGAGCUGGACCAGGUGCACCUGGAGGUUUUGCAGCUGCGGAAGCAGGUGGCUGAGAUUGAGAAGCAUCUCAGGUCAGCCCAGAAGGAAGGCGGGGGUGCUUCAGGCAGGCAGCAACCGCACGCCUCAGACACCGAGGCUGUCGGGGGAGAGGUGGGUGCCCUGUGGGUGCUCUGCGUCCUGUGCGGGACUGGCAUGAAGGGGCGCGGUGCCUCCAGCUCACCCUCAGGCAUAAAGGGGCGCGACGCCUCCAGCUCACCCUCAGGCAUGAAGGGGUGCGAUGCCUCCAGCUCACCCUCAGAUGGUCCAGAGAGAGAGGGCCUGGCACGUGGAGGACCCGCAGGGACCGAGGACCAGGAGGCACAGCCCCCUCAGGCCCUGUCUGUGCCCCGACUCCAGAGGAAGCUCAAGGAGGCAGCCAGGAAAAUCCUGCGGCUGCGCCUGGAGAAGGAGCAGCUCCUGGAGCUGGGGAACCGGCUGCGUGCGGAGCUGGGCCACCUCACUGACUUCCCUCAGAGGGAAGAUAGGCAACACAGAAUCUCCACAGUGACUUGCAGAUCAGCUCCUCAGAAAGAAAACCAGUCCCCAAAGCCACGCCUGGCUCAAGAAUUCCAGGAGGAAAAUGGCCACCACCCCCAAAGGUCCUCAUCACUUGCUAGCAGUUCCCUCCAGGACACAUGGAAGUUACUGGACCUGGGAUCCAGCCCUUCUGGCCUCACUUCCCAGGAUGACUCGCCUCCAGAGCACCCAGCACCUCCAGCAGCCUACAGCCUCCAACACCCCAAGGGAAGCCCCGUGGUGCCUUGGGCGGCCUUUGCCGUCGAAGGGAUGAAGAUGGAAGCCCAAGCAAGGGGCAAGCCUGCCAGACACCCCAGGGCUCAUCCUGCAAAACCUAAAGGUUGCCAGCGGCCCCCCAAGAUUCGUAACUACAACUCCAAGGACUGA